AUCUCAUUUUUUCUCACUUCCCUAUAAAUAAUUCCUCCUUCAUUCUGUUUCUUCCAAAAUAAAUUAUUCAAAAAUACCCUUUUGCUCUAAUCCAAAUUGAACACCAAAAUAUCUCAAAAAUCACAAGAAAAACUAAAAUUCAAAGCAAAAUGGAUCAACCCAUUUCUACUGAGUUACCACCGACGAACUUUCCGGGAGAUUUCCCGGUGUAUCGCCGGAAUUCAAGCUUCAGUCGUCUAUUCCCAUGUUUGACUGAAACAUGGGGCGAUUUACCACUUAAAGUUGACGAUUCCGAAGAUAUGGUAAUUUACGGUCUAUUAAAGGACGCUCUUAGCGUCGGAUGGUCGCCGUUUAAUUUCACCGCCGGCGAAGUAAAAUCGGAGCCGAGAGAGGAAAUUGAGUCGCCGACCGAAUUUGUAGCUUCUCCGGCGGCUCCGCCAACGAAGGGAAGGCAUUAUAGAGGCGUUAGACAGCGGCCUUGGGGGAAAUUCGCGGCGGAGAUUAGAGAUCCGGCGAAGAAAGGAGCUAGAGUUUGGCUUGGAACAUACGAAACAGCUGAAGAAGCUGCAAUUGCUUAUGAUAAAGCGGCUUAUAGAAUGAGAGGUUCAAAGGCACAUUUGAAUUUCCCGCACCGGAUUGGUUUGAACGAACCGGAACCGGUUCGAGUUACGGUGAAAAGACGAGCAUCGCCUGAACCGGCUAUCUCGUCGGAAAACGGUUCACUGAAACGGAGAAGAAAAGCCAUUGUUGCAGCUGAGAAAUGUGAUGUAAAAGUUGGAUGCCAAAUUGAACAAUUGACAGGUGGCAAUCAACUAUUGGUCAGUUAAAUAACCUUUGGGCAUGAUUUUCCGAUGUUACCAUUUUGUGCACCAAAACUCGAAGAAAUGAUUUUGUUUCUCCAACAUUGUACAGUUAUCACUAUAUUAGCAAUGAAAUUUUAUUCACUA